AUGGGCCAGCAGUUGGAUAGCCUUGGCCUAAGGUUGGGAGAACACAGGAGCAAUGCUCAGGGAGAGGGGAGGGCAAAUCCCGAGGCAAAGAUCAGGUUGAGGGUUUUUUCCAGUUUCUUGCCUUUAUGUCCUAGGACAACUCCUGCAACUGUUCUGAUUCCUUCUAUCUCAUUGUGGGACCAAGAGUCCACUGCUCUGAGGGUACAACCUGCCCAACUUUCUACUGAUCAAAGAAUUGAAGAUGCUGAUACUUCUGAAAGAAGUGCAAAUGAAGAAAAUGGGGAAAUAUCAGAGGGAGAGCAGCCUCAAAACAAGCACAGCCGGCACAAAAAGAAGAAACACAAACACCGAAGCAAGCACAAGAAACACAAACAUUCUUCAGAAGAAGACAAGGACAAAAAACAUAAACACAGGCACAAGCAUAAGAAACAUAAACGGAAAGAGGUUGUUGAUGCCUCUGAUAAAGAAGAUGGACCAGCAAAAAGAACUAAAAUUGAUUUUUUAGCUCCACUAGAAGAUUUGGAGAAACAAAGAGCAUUAUUAAAAGCUGAACUUGAGAAUGAGUUAAUGGAAGGAAAAGUCCAAUCUGGGAUGGGGUUAAUAUUACAAGGUUAUGAGUCAGGUUCUGAAGAAGAGGGUGAAAUCAAUGAGAAAGUGCGAAAUGGGAAUAGAUCUACAACUAAAUCAUCAAACACAAAGGGGAAAUUAGAGCUUGUGGACAAUAAAACUAGUUCAAAGAAAGGAAGUAAGAAUACUGAAACAAAAGAGAGGACUAGGCACCGAUCCGAAAAAAAGAAAAGCAAAGUAGGAGUUGAUGGAGUCAAAGAGAAAACAACUAGAAGCAAGUCAAAAGAGAGGAGAAAAUCAAAAAGUCCACAUAAAAGAAGUAAGUCCCAAGAUCAGACAAGGAAAUCAAAGUCUCCAACGCUUAGAAGGCGGUCUCAAGAGAAAAAUAGAAAGUCUAAAUCUCCCCCAGAGGAUAGGAAUAAAGCAGAUGAAAAAAAUAAAUCUAGAGAUCGCAGAAAGUCUCCAGUGGUAAAUGAAAGCAAAAAUAGAGAUCGUGGCAAAAAAUCUAAAUCUCCAACAGAAUUAAGAGACAAAUCCAAAGACAGAAGAUCACGGUCCAAAGAUAGGAAAUCAAGGAGGUCAGAGGCUGAGAAAGAAAAGAAACCUAUUAAAUCGCCUUCAAAAGAUGCUUCUUCAGGGAAAGAAAACAGGUCUCCUAGGAGACCUGGUCGUAGCCCUAAAGGAAGAAGCUUAUCUCCAAAACGUGAAAAAUCAAGAAGAAGUAGAUCUCCUCUCCUUAAUGAUCGUAGAUCUAAGCAGAGUAAGUCUCCUUCUCGGACUCAGUCUCCAGGUAGAAGAGCAAAGAGCAGAUCAGCAGAAAGAAAGCGACGAGAAUCAGAAAGGAGGCGUCUUUCUUCUCCCAGGACACGACCUAGAGAUGAUAUCCUGUCUAGACGCGAGAGAUCAAAAGAAACCAGUCUUCCCCGAUGGUCCCCGUCUAGAAGAAGGUCUAGAUCUCCCAUCCGAAGGCGAUCUCGCUCACCACUGCGACGUAGCCGAUCUCCAAGGAGGAGGAGUAGGUCUCCUCGGAGGAGGGACAGAGGUCGAAGAAGUCGGUCUCGUCUGAGAAGGAGGUCCAGGUCACGGGGUGGUCGUAGACGUAGGAGUAGAAGCAAAGUUAAAGAAGAUAAAUUUAAAGGGAGUCUUUCUGAAGGCAUGAAAGCUGACCAGGAAUCAUCAUCAGAUGAGAACCUUGAAGAUUUUGAUGUAGAAGAAGAAGAUGAAGAAGCACUGAUUGAACAGAGAAGAUUACAGAGGCAAGCAAUCGUUCAGAAAUAUAAGUACUUGACUGAAGACAGUAACAUGUCUGUGCCAUCUGAACCAAGCAGUCCUCAAAGCAGCACGCGUAGUCGCUCAAAUUCACCAGAUGACAUCUUGGAACGAGUGGCUGCUGAUGUUAAGGAGUAUGAACGGGAAAAUGUUGAUACAUUUGAGGCCUCUGUAAAAGCAAAACAUAACCUCAUGACAGUUGAACAGAAUAAUGGUUCAGCUCAGAAGAAACUGUUAGCUCCUGAUAUGUUCACAGAAUCAGAUGAUAUGUUUGCUGCAUACUUUGAUAGUGCCCGUCUUAGAGCUGCUGGCUUUGGAAAAGAUUUUAAAGAAAACCCCAACCUCAGGGAUAACUGGACUGAUGCAGAAGGCUAUUAUCGUGUUAACAUAGGUGAAGUUCUAGAUAAACGUUACAAUGUCUAUGGUUAUACUGGCCAGGGAGUCUUCAGUAAUGUAGUGCGAGCCAGAGAUAUGGCAAGAGCAAAUCAAGAAGUGGCAGUUAAAAUCAUCAGGAACAAUGAACUUAUGCAAAAAACUGGUCUAAAAGAACUGGAAUUUUUGAAGAAGCUCAAUGAUGCAGAUCCUGAUGACAAGUUUCAUUGUCUGCGACUGUUCAGGCAUUUCUAUCACAAACAGCACCUCUGUCUGGUAUUUGAACCACUCAGUAUGAAUUUACGAGAGGUACUGAAAAAGUAUGGGAAGGAUGUUGGUCUCCACAUUAAAGCUGUACGCUCCUACAGCCAACAGUUGUUCCUGGCAUUAAAGCUGCUUAAAAGAUGUAACAUCCUACAUGCUGAUAUUAAGCCAGACAAUAUUUUGGUAAAUGAGUCUAAAACCAUAUUAAAGCUAUGUGAUUUUGGAUCAGCUUCACAUGUUGCAGAUAAUGACAUCACGCCAUAUCUUGUCAGUAGAUUUUAUCGAGCUCCUGAAAUCAUUAUAGGUAAAAUCUAUGAUUAUGGAAUAGAUAUGUGGUCUGUAGGCUGUACACUGUAUGAACUUUAUACAGGAAAAAUUCUAUUUCCUGGCAAAACCAAUAACCAUAUGUUAAAACUUGCCAUGGACCUCAAAGGAAAGAUGCCAAACAAGAUGAUUCGAAAAGGUGUGUUCAAAGAUCAGCACUUUGAUCAAAAUCUCAACUUCAUGUAUAUAGAAGUAGAUAAAGUAACAGAAAGGGAGAAGGUUACUGUCAUGAGCACCAUUAAUCCAACCAAGGACCUCUUAGCAGAUUUGAUUGGGUGCCAACGACUCCCGGAAGACCAGCGUAAAAAAGUACACCAGCUAAAGGACUUAUUGGACCAGAUUCUAAUGUUAGACCCAGCUAAACGGAUUAGCAUCAACCAGGCUCUGCAGCACGCCUUCAUCCAGGAAAAAAUUUAAACCAGAUGAAGAAGUUCAAAGGGUUUGAGUAAUUAAGAUACAAAGACUGAAGAAAUUUCCCAGCAGUUUAUUAAUGUAUAUAAACAUAAAUAUUUCCCCUGCAAAGUUGAGGAAGAAUGAUACAUUUGAAUUAACACCAAGGCUGAUAUUUCUUUUAGAAAUGUUAGAGUAAUUCUGUUUGUGUCUUAUGUGAAAAUUUUCACUGUAGAAUUGUUUUAAUUGCCAAGACUGCACAAAAGUACAAUGCUAAUGUAUAUGGUUGCAGUUCAUAUAUUAUAAAAAGAAAAAAAGCCUCUGUUAUAAAAGAACAGUAAUACUGGGUGGUUGAUUUGUUUUUUUAGCAGACUUGGCUUCAUUUUUGUCUUUAAAAAAUGGCCAGCAUAAAUGCUGUUUAUAUUCACAUUUUCCUAGGUGUGUGUGUGCAGGCCACAGCAGCAUGCCCUUGGUGUAGUCAGUGCCGAAGGGGGUCUGUUCCUUCUUGAGCCUGCCUGCAGGGAUGGUCUCCUCUUUUAAAGCAGGUUGUGUACAACUUUCAGUACACUGAAGGUAAGCUAAACCAUCAACAUCAUCAGUGUUUAAAAUGUUAUUUUACUGGAACGACUGACAAAUGAGGGACGAUAGCUUUGUGGCAGAAUUUCCCUGCAUGUUUGAUAAAUUAAUUUGUUUUAUUUUCUGGCAUUGCAACUGUGGCAUAGUUACAACUUUGUUCUUUUCAUCACAUAUUUAAAACUUUUGAGAGUGCGCACUUGAUGGAUAGAGCGCCUUCAGUGUACUGUUUCUUAUUACUUUAAUUUUUUUAAUCAACUUGCUAGAGACUUUGUAUACAUUUUGUUAAAUACAGUUCGCUAUGACAUAGAACCAAUACUUACUGAAGAGUUUUCAUUUACUAAUUACAUAUGUUGGGAUUUGAUUCUGAAAGACCUUAUAUCUAAAGCAUAGUUAGACAACAUAAUGAAAAUUUUUAACUAUUUGUAUGUCAUUUUGAAAGUGUACUGCUUUAUGCUAAAAGUGUUUCAUUUGUUCAUUGUUUUCAUUAUUUGUGAUCAUGUUGUCUUUCAAUACAGGCAUAAACCUUCCACUCUUGAACAAAGCAGCUGCUUUUUAAAAGCGGUAAUUGCUUCUUUACCUUUUAUUUCUUUUGUAAAUGAAGCUUUUCUUUAAGAAAUGUGACUUUCAAGUGUUGUCUCUUGCAUAAAACAGUUGACACUUACUUAUUGUAAAGUGAAGAUUGUUCUCCUGCAUGUAAAGUGGACCAUGCAGAUUUCUGUAUGUUUUCAGUAUGCAUCAUUAGAUAAUAAAGUCUUUUGUGAACAAGGCAUUUGUAGCCAUUUUUAAAAGAUUUUUUUCUUCAGUGCUGGUAAAUCAGGUAAUCUGUAAGAAAUCCUUCAUAUUUCCAUAAAUCCUUUAAUUGAAGGGAUUAUUAAAAGUUAUGAACUUUGAAAGAGAUAUUAAACUACAUUAAUUAGAUCUAUGAUUAUCUACAUUAAAAAACCUACAGAUACUGUCUAUCUGCUUUCAUUGUUAUGAAAUUAUUCCUGUAGGAUGUGGGAUUGAUUCAGGCUUUAACUAAUGUUUGUGCUGUUUCUCUCACUUUUCCUUUUGAUGGUGCUGAAAGAGAAAAAGGGAAGCGAGGCACAGGCCACUCAACGCCUACUCCAUGAGUCUGGUUUGCUGAGACACCAACUUCACCUUCCUAACAAGGUGCAGCUCAAAAGAAGAUGAUGACUGCCAGAAGACAUGAACAAAGGGUAAGUGGCAGUAAACUUCUGAGGAACCUUUGCAUGUACUGAGCUAUACACGGGAGGCUGCUGAAUCUUUGAGAAUGCUGGAGAUGAUAACUUAAUCUUCCAUAGUGCAUCAUGUUGUGAACUAUAACUUCAAAGAAGCAGAUGUUCGAAGUGGUAGUUGCUAUAAAGUAAUAAAUAAGAGCAUUGAACCUA